AUGCUAGAUAAAAUAUCUAGCAAUUUGGCUCCAAGCGGCUCCUAUCAGUUGAAGGCGGUCGAAUACUAUAAAAAGGUGGUUGAGGAAUAUGAGAGCUCCUUAAAAGAGAAGCAAUCUGCAAACCCCAAUCCACCUGAAAUAAAGCAAAAGAGCGAAUGUCAAAAGAUAAAUCCUUCCACUAACGACAGCACUACCGGCAGAGAGAGCAAGAAGCCUAAACAGGCUUCUUCAUCUGACCACAACCCGCUGCAACGCCACUUUAGUGACGUUGCCAAAGACAGUCUGUUGAUGGCCAUAGUCGACGAAAACUCGAAGACUCCGGUAUCUAUGCAGAAGCACUGGGUGGAGAUCGACGUCAAGCUAUCAAGUCUCGUUAUGGACUACGUCCUCGAUAGCCAGGCGGGUCCCCAUCCGGAGUUUGAUUCCUCUGGAUCCUUUCGAGGAUACAGGGUUAUCAGAUGCGCGGACUAG